UAUAAAUAAAUCGGUAAUUCCGAGUUUAAUUUUUCACACUAGUUUACUGAGUUGAUUCUGUGUUUGUCUGAUUGAAUUUCGUGGUGUUCAUCUUAUUUGUAACUUAUCGGUCACAUAUUCGGUCCCAUCUUAUCAACCGUAUCGUUUUUUCUUCGACCGAAUCUCAUCUCCGGGGUGUAACUGGCUGCAACAUAAAUACUUUAACUACUAAUUAACUGUUAUUUAUACUAAUUAUACUAAUUAUACAUACACUAUAAUGAUUCACGCUAGAUCGGCAUUAUUGAGAUCAGCCACUAAAUUGUCGGGCUCAAGACUUUUGUCUGUUUCUACCCCAAUUAAAUUAAAUAUCAGACAUUUAGCUACUAAAGCUGAUACUUCAUCAUUAAAUUAUGCUAAAGUAUUUAAUCCAAAUUCAACUAAUGUUAGUUUAAAUAAUUUAGAUACUUUUGCCAGAAGACAUAUUGGUCCAACUCCAGAAAAUGUUGAAAAAAUGUUAGAAUCUUUAGGUUAUAAAGAUCUUAAUGAUUUCUUAUCUCAAGCAAUUCCUCAACAUAUAUUAUUUAAAAGGAAAUUAAAAAUUCAACCUCAACAAGGUUAUACCGAAUCAGAAAUGUUAGAACAUUUAUAUGAAGUUGCCGGUAAAAAUAAAAUUAUAAAAUCAUUUAUUGGUAAAGGUUAUGCUGGAACAAAAUUACCUCCAGUAAUUCAAAGAAAUUUAUUAGAAUCUCCUGAAUGGUAUACAUCUUAUACUCCUUAUCAACCGGAGAUUUCUCAAGGUAGAUUAGAAUCUUUAUUGAAUUAUCAAACUAUGAUUACUUCAUUGACUGGUUUAUCAAUGGCUAAUGCAUCUUUAUUGGAUGAAGGUACAGCAGCUGGUGAAGCCAUGUCACUUUCAUAUCAUAAUUUAAAGGGUAAAAAAUCAAUUUAUGUAAUAGAUACAAAUUUACAUCCUCAAACUAAAGAUGUUAUUCAAUCAAGAGCUGAAAAUAUUGGCGUUAAAAUUAUUGAAUUACCAUUAUCCACUACUGAAGGAGUUAGUCAAUUAAAAUCAAUUUUAUCAGAUGUUUGUGGAGCAUUGGUUCAAUAUCCUGGAACCGAUGGAUCUAUACAUAAUUUCCAAGAAAUUGGAGAAAUUGUUCAUUCUAAUAAGGGGUUAUUUGCUGUUGCAACUGAUUUAUUAGCCUUAACAUUAAUUAAACCUCCUAGUGAAUUUGGUGCUGAUAUUGCCUUGGGAACUUCUCAAAGAUUUGGAGUACCAUUUGGUUAUGGAGGACCUCAUGCCGCAUUCUUUUCAACAUCCAUGAAAUAUUCUAGAAAGAUUCCUGGUAGAAUUGUAGGAGUUUCAAAGGAUAGAUUAGGUAAACCAGCUUUAAGAUUAGCCUUACAAACUAGAGAACAACAUAUUAAACGUGAAAAGGCUACUUCUAAUAUAUGUACUGCCCAAGCUUUAUUGGCUAAUAUAUCUGCUAUGUAUGCUGUAUAUCAUGGACCAGAAGGGUUAAAGAAUAUAGCUAAAAGAGUAUAUGGAUUCACCAGUUUAUUAGCUAAAGAAAUUCAAACUAAUUCUAAUCAUUCUAUUGUUAAUGAUAAAUGGUUUGAUACUUUAACUAUUAAAUUAUCUGAUGGAGUUAGUGCAGAUGAAGUGUUAUCUAAUGCCUUAAAGAAUCAUGAAAUUAAUUUAUUUAAAGUUAAUGAUUCAACCGUAUCUUUACAAUUGGAUGAAACAGUAGAAAUUAAACAUUUACAAAGUUUAGUUGAAGUAUUCACCGGUAAUAAAACCUAUGAUACUCAAGCCAUUACUUCCUUACCUCAAUUACCAAGUGAAUUAUUAAGAACUGAUCAAAUCUUACCUAAUGAAGUAUUCAAUACUCAUCAUUCUGAAACUGCAUUAUUAAGAUAUUUACAUCUUUUACAAUCCAAGGAUUUGUCAUUGGCUAAUUCAAUGAUUGCCUUAGGGUCAUGUACUAUGAAAUUAAAUGCAACGGUUGAAAUGCAAACAUUAUCUAUUCCAGGAUUCAAUUCGAUUCAUCCAUUUGUACCACUUGAUCAAGCUCAAGGUUAUAAACAAUUAGUGGAUGAAUUUGAAAAGGAUCUUAAUGAUAUUACGGGAUUUGAUGCUACAACAUCAAUGCCAAAUUCAGGAGCUCAAGGUGAAUAUACUGGAUUAUCAUUAAUUAGACAAUAUCAUAAAUCUCGUGGUGAACAUGAAAUUAGAAAUAUUUGUCUUAUACCUGUAUCUGCUCAUGGUACCAAUCCUGCUUCUGCAGCUAUGAGUGGAUUAAAAGUAGUUCCAAUUAAAUGUAAGACUGAUGGAUCAAUUGAUUUAAUUGAUUUACAAGAAAAGGCUGAAAAACAUGCUACUAAUCUUUGUUCAAUUAUGAUUACUUAUCCUUCAACUUAUGGAUUAUUUGAACCAGGUAUUAAACAAGCCAUUGAAAUAGUUCAUAACAAUGGUGGUUUAGUAUAUUUAGAUGGUGCUAAUAUGAAUGCCCAAGUUGGUUUAACAUCUCCAGGAGAUUUAGGAGCAGAUGUUUGUCAUUUAAAUAUUCAUAAAACUUUUGCUUUAAGUCAUGGAGGUGGUGGACCAGGUCAAGCCCCAGUUUGUGUUAAAGACCAUUUAAAACCAUUCUUACCAUCUCAUCAUUUUAUUAAGACCCCUCAUUCAACUAAUGAAUCAAUCAAAUCAGUUAAUUCUGCUCCUUAUGGUUCAGCCUCAGUUAUCCCAGUAUCUUAUUCAUAUAUUAAGAUGUUAGGAGCUGAUGCUUUACCAUAUGUUUCAUCUAUUGCCAUAUUAAAUGCUAAUUAUAUGUUAAAUAGAUUAAAGGAACAUUAUUCCAUAUUGUUUAUUGAUCCAAAGGCUGAAGGUAAGAAACAUUGUGCUCAUGAAUUCAUUUUAGAUUUACGAGAAUUUAAAGCUAUUGGAGUUGAAGCUAUUGAUGUAGCUAAAAGAUUACAAGAUUAUGGAUUCCAUGCUCCAACUAUGUCAUUCCCAGUAGCUGGAACAUUAAUGAUUGAACCAACUGAAUCGGAAAAUUUACAAGAAUUAGAUAGAUUUGUUGAUUCAUUAAUUUCUAUUAAGAAAGAAAUCGAUGCUUAUGGUAGAGGUGAAGGUUUAGGUAAUGUCUUAAAGAAUGCUCCUCAUUCAUUAGAAGAUAUUAUAUCUACAUCUCAACAAGAUUGGGAUACUAGAGGGUAUACUAGAGAGCAAGCAGCUUAUCCAUUAGGAUUCUUAAAGAGUUCUAAAUGUUGGCCUACAGUGGCUAGAUUAGAUGAUACAUAUGGAGAUAUGAAUUUGAUUUGUACGUGUCCUUCUGUUGAGGAGGUUGCUGGAGAAUCUGCGUAGUUAGUAGUAAUGUAAAUUAUUGAUUAGAGUAGAGUCAGUAGAGUCAGUAGAGUCAGUAGAGUCAGUAGAGUCAGUAGUGAGAGAGUCAGUAGUCAGUAGUGGGUAGAGAGUCAGUGGAGUCAGUAGUGGGUAGAGAGUCAGUGGAGUCAGUAGAACAGUUCUCGCUGUGCAGUAACUUUAGUGAGAGCAUAUACUACGCACUAGUGACUCAGUAAAGUGCAGUCUCAGUACAGUACCCAGUGUCACUAAUUUCACCACUAAUUUACACCACAGUACUACUCUUCUACACUGUAGUUGGAUAUAUACAAAAGUAGUGUAUGUGAAACACAGUCCAGUAUAAACAGUAAAGGCCCAACCAGUUG